UACAGAAGAGGAAACUGAUGCUCAGAGGGGAGAAGUGUCUUGCCCAAAGUGACCCUUCCAGGAGUAGUGGAGCUGGGACUGGCCUCCAAAGCUCUGGGCCUACUCUGGUUGUCUACUUCCUACCUGUACCUUGGGUCAAGGGCAGAGAGGGCAAAGCUGAGCUUGAGCAUAACAAAUCAUAUGCUCCUCAUGGGAUGUUUUACAGAUCAGAAGCCCCAUAUUGAGCUCUUCAUCAGCCUCUUGGCAUAAGGAUUGUUGUGUUCAAUUGUGAUUAUUGAAUUGUUGGACUUCGACUAUGUUUCUCCACUGGGAUGCUGAUCCUGGAAAGGCCAGAGGCCCUGAUGGCAAGCAGAUUGGAAAGAGGAAAUUGACAUUUAUUCAAUUAGAAUAAUUUUCUAAUUUUAGAAAUAUUAGAGAUGGGGGGGUGCCUCAGUUCCUUACCCCAAGGAGCACCAUCUGGUAGACAAGUAGUAAUGUGGUGUGGGAGAGUCUGGAAUAGGGUUUUUGGUAAUUCUGUUUUGGGUGGCACACCUUCUGGGAAGGCUUCUCAGAGGAGGGGACACCUGGGAGGGACAUUAGGAGUUUACUAAGCCGAGGGGGAAAAGAGGGAAAGAUACACAGGGCUUUUAUUGGGCGCCGGGUGUGUUGCACGCAGUUUUGAUUUAAUCUCCAUACUCCUGUAUGAAGGAUGCUCAACUAUUUACAGAGGAGGAGCAAAUGAUCAGAGAGGUUGAGUCACGCUGGCAGGAAACAGCAGAGUUAGGAAUUGAAGCUAGGUCUGUGACUUGGAACUGAGACUCUUACACUGCGCUCAGGGACACCGCGGAGGGGAGAGGGCUGAAGACAUCCCCACCGGCGCUGGGGUCGUCCACACUGGGCAAGGGGAGAACCCUAGAAAGGAGCGGUCAGCAGGAAGCCCAGGACAAGGCAGCGACCGGAGUGCAGUUGAGGAAGGUGCUUGUGUCACUAGAGGAAGCCGUGGUUUUUACCCUUAGGGCUCCCCUCAGAUGCAGAGCGCCGAUCCGAGCUCCCGGUCCUCCGGCCUGGGUGAGCAGCCCCGAGCAUCCACAGCGAAUGUGGGCGGGGCGAAGACGGAGAGGCGGGGAGGGGCUUAUCUGGGUCCCGCCCCCAGCCAUUGUGCCGGGGGCUGGAAGGCCUUGCGAGCCAAUCAGGACGCAGCAUGUAAAUAAGCAAGCGGGGCAGGUCCGGGUGACUCCAGAGCUCAGCGUCCGCACCCGGGAGAGGGUGCAGACUCCGCUAACUGGCACCCAGCGAGGCGCGGACUCUGAGAGGAAUCCGUGGCUGUGCUCCGGCACCGGAGAGAAGAGGCGUAUAGCUGGCCGGUCCACCCUCACCAUGACCAGCUGCCACCACCAUUCUGGAUACUUGGCAGAUGACGAGGCUGGCCACACCACCUACGUGGCCCGGCCACCUAAGAAGCCACCCUUCCUGGAAAUGGGGCAAGCCUACAAGUCGGGCCACAUGCCACACCCACCAUCAAGGUACACCCACGCAGACAGCUCGGGGCUCCGUGGCCACAGACGAAACCCAAGGGACCCUCGGCCCUUUGGUAGCUUCCUGGAUUUUCUUGUCGAGGGUCAGGUGCUAGACAGCCUACAGACGGUGGUGGAGGAAGCAACUGAGCGCAUGACCACCAUGAAGACAGAGGCUGGGGUGCCGCUGGUGGAGGUGCAGGACCCAAUAGAGGUGCCAAGGGGUGGGCAGCGGGUUCGUGCCCGGCCUAGCCUUAGUACUGUACACCGACACCGUGCCCGACCCAGCCUCUGCACUGGACGUCCCAACAACUACCCAUCCUCCUCCAGCUCCAUGUCCGACUCCCAUAGCAGCUUCACAGCUGGCUGGCUGGGCUCCCACAGCCAGGACAGUGACCUGGGAGCCCGUGGCAUGGGCUCACUGCCACCCAUGAGGGACAAACUUUUGCUGGAGAAGAACCUCAAACGGCUGCUGAAGCUGGAGAACAGAGGGAAAGGCAUAGGUCGGUCCUGCUUCCAGACAGACUCCCUGCUGUGGGACUCACUGGGCAGCCAGGCCAGCAGCCAGCGGACCCAGGAGCCACCUCUGUCCUGGUUCUCAGGCCUGCUGGGCUCAAGCACUGGCACAGCCCAAACAUCAGAGCUAGGGCCUGUAGAACGGGAACUGACUUUCCUCAAGCGAGAGCAUUGUAAGGAGAUCAAGUCCUUGUUGAACCAGCCAGCAUCCUUUGACCUGCCUGGCUACUGUUCAUUCCGUGAGCCCCAUCGGACCCUGGACUUCCUGGCUGAGCACCACCUCUUCCCUGCCUUGCAGAGUGUGGUCCGCCAGGCCGUGGACAAGCUCAGUGGAGCCCGACGUCACGAUGGCUGCCCUCUCUUCCCUUCAGAAUGGGAGCCUGCAACAGAACCCAAUUCUGACUCAGUGCAAGACUCCAAGCCAGAACCCAAUUCUGACUCAGUGCAAGACUCCAAGCCAGCCACACCCACUGAUGGGGAGGAGACUUACAAUGUGCUUCCCAUCAGAGUCUCCAGCUCCAAGAUGAUUCGAAGAAAGAGCACCAAGGGCAGAGGACAGGCCAAAUCCAAGAGCCCUAAUUACAGGUUCGUGAAGAAGACACUACCCUCCAUCUCAUCCAAGUCCACCCUGUCCCACUUCCCCAACCCCGUGUACGAGGAGCUCGUCAGCUACUUAGUGGAGAAGGUUGUGUCCCUGGUCAUCUACAAGUACAAGUUCGAGAAGAACCUCUCCAAGCAGCUGGGCUUCAUCUCCUUCCCCGUCACCGAGACGCUCAUGGACCUCUUCCUGGGCUUCAAGAAGGUGAAGGGCUCCCGCAUCUGCCUGUCCUCAAAGAUCAACUGGAACUGCCUGCUGCGCAAGCUGGAGGAGGCCGAGUGGGCCCGGCAGCUGUCGCGACAAGCCUCCCAGCAUGACUCCGCCUCCCAGCGCAGCUCCCAACGCGGCCCCGCCCACCAGGGGGCGGGGCACAGCAGCACCGAGUCCCCCUCCACGGGGCCGGAGCCCGCCCCCCGCGCCGACCCGGCCGAGGCCGCCGAGCCCAGCCUCGACAGUGAGCUGCCGGACCUUCGGCUGCUCUGGGCUCAGGAGGAUGCUGGAGCCGAGGAGCAGGGGCCCACGAGCGUGGGCGCUAAUCAGAGCCAGGAAUUAGUAGACGGGGACAGUCAGAGCAAUGAGGAGGAAGAUGAGGACCAGGGUGAGGACUUCCCAGACGAGGGCACGCCCCAGAGCUCUCCCCGAGCCUCAAGUGGAGGCGGACGUCAGCGACUCCACGAACACGAGUCACAGUGACCCUCCGUGAGGCCCCAGCUCCCCAGCACCCAGCGCUUGAUUCCCUGCUCCUGCUCUUGCUCCAGUGGAGUGCUACCCCCCACCCCCACCCCCAGCCGGCUCCUGCCCCAAGCCGUCAGGGUGGGCUGAAUGUCCACGAGGACCUCUGCUAGCCUGUCGGGGGAGCCAACAGGAGAAAUAAAGCUUGUGUUGCUGGAGCAAG